AUGAUGGAAUUAGAAAACAAGCUUUCACAUGCAGAAAUAAUAGAAGUGAACGGUGAUUCAGUAAUGUUUGGUGCAGCUGUGACAUUGAAGCUUGUCAAAGUAUGUAUUAAAGGUGCUGCCACAGACAAUAAAGCAAUAAAUGGACCAUUUGAUGAUCUAUAUUUAAUUGCAGGACAAAAACCUGUAUCAGUAUUUGCAAAGAAGUCCAUUUCUGGUUUGCAGAUAAGGAAAGGUGCUACAGUAGGUGUAGCAGCAUCUACCGAUAUUCCUGCUGGUGUUUCAGUUGAAUGUAAUGAUGUUAAUGGUUUUUCUGUUGAUCUUGAGAUUAACGGUAUUGUGUGCAAAGCAGAGUGUGAUGGUAAGUAUUUGACUGUAUAUCUUGGUUAUAGCCAUAAUAUUAAGUAUAAAGUGCCUAAAGAUGUUGAGAUUAAGUAUAUAAAGCCAACUCACUUGGUGGUUAAUGGUAUGGACAAGCAAAAGGUUUCUUCUUUAAUGAUUGAACGCCCAUCUAAUAUGAAGUUAGAACAAAAAUUGGUAUUUGACCGUGGAGCAUAUAAAUAUACAGGUAGGAGAGUGUCGACAGUCACCAAAGGUGGUAGGAGGUUCUCAUUUUCAGUUUUGGUUGUUACUGGAGAUGAGAAGGGUAGGGUGGGAUGUAGAAUGGGUAAGCAUGCAGAAGUUGCUGAAGCAAGGAUAAAAGUUGUAAAUGCUGCAAAAAAAUCAAUGAUUAGAGUGUAUUUACGUGAAGGUAGAACUUUGCACCAUGAUAUUAAGGCUAAAUUUUGCUCUGGUGAAAUAGUUUUAAGAGCAACUAGAGCUGGAACAGGCAUUAUUGCUGGGGGAUCGAUUGGGUCGGUUUUUGAGGUGUUGGGCAUAAAAGAUGUAGUAGCUAAAUCUACUAGAUCGAAUAAUCCUCAUAACGUUAUAUGUGCAGUAUUUAAGGCCUUUGAUAAUAUGUUAUCUCCUCGUCAAGUGGCGAGCAAAAGGGGUAAAGAAAUUAGCGAGGUAGUCGGAAGCUCAAGAAAGUCUACAACUUAUGGUGCGAGUAAAGCCUUACAGGCUGCUGCAAAAGCUGGAAUAGAGAAAUUUGGUGUGGAGGUUGUUUCUGGGAUAAUUCGUGGCCCUGGUUUUGGUACCGAGACUGCAGUUAAAGCACUUCAGAGCUGCGGGUUAACAGUUACCUCAAUUGCGAAUAAGACUACGAUUUCUCAUAAUGGAUCUAGUUUAGAUAAAUUAACUAAGCCUAAUUCGACGAAAGUAGUAUCAAGUGACUCAAGCGAGAAGGGUGAUACUGUGCUAGAACCAUUGGAGAGUGGUUUUGCUUUAGAAGGUUUUGGUCUUGCUGCGGUGCAAAUUGGAGUGCUAGAGAGAAUUUUCGUCAUGGAUAUCCAGCUAGAGGAUAUUAAAGGUGAACCAGUAGGAUAUGAAUGUACUGGUAAAUUUUGCAUGAUUAAUCCUGAAAUCACAGAAUUAUGA